AUGUCUCAGGCCGAGGUGCCCCGCGCUGAGUCCAUCGAUGAACAGGAAAAUGCCAGGGCCGAAGGCGACAAAAAGCCCAAGUCUCGGCGACCAGCCAAUACCGCUUUUCGACAGCAGCGAUUAAAGGCAUGGCAGCCGAUUUUGACACCGAAGAGUGUCCUGCCUCUGUUCUUUGUUGUAGGGAUUGUAUUCGCACCCCUAGGCGGUGUCCUCCUGUGGGCGAGCUCUUUGGUCCAAGAGAUCACCAUUGAUUACACCGACUGUUAUAGCGCAGCCCCAACAGCCAGCCAGGCCUACAUCCCUGAUCGAGUCUCGAUGACGUUCAAGGCGAAAUCAUCCGGUACUCCAUCGUGGCAGAGGACUGUUGAUGCGACCACCAACCAAACUACUUGCAGCCUUUACUUCAACAUUCCUGAAUCAAUGGGACCUCCGGUUUUCCUGUACUAUCGCCUCACCAACUUUUAUCAAAAUCAUCGCCGAUAUGUCCAGUCUCUGCAAUUGGACCAAUUGAAAGGUAAAGCUCUUAGUAACAAAACAAUCGCUGGCAGUGUUUGUGAUCCCCUCACAACGGAUCCGGUAUCGAAGAAAGCCUACUACCCUUGUGGAUUAAUCGCGAACUCUCGCUUCAACGACAGCAUCGAAAGUCCUGUCUACCUCGGCGACCAGGAGACCACCUACAAUAUGACAAAAAAGGGUAUCGCCUGGGAGAGUGACAAGGAGCUAUACCAAAAGACUCAAUACCAGCAUUGGGAGGUGGUUCCUCCGCCCAACUGGACCAAAUACAAUGGCAGCUACACGAAUGAGUCCAUGCCUAAUAUCCAUGAAGAUGAAGACUUCAUGGUCUGGAUGAGAACUGCUGGAUUGCCGGCCUUCAGCAAACUCGCUCGUCGAAACGAUGACACCGCCAUGGCCGCGGGAGAUUAUCGUUUGGAUAUUCUCGACCAAUUCAAAGUCACCGAGUAUGAUGGAACAAAGUCGAUCUUGCUUUCUACUCGCACCGUCAUGGGUGGUAAGAACCCCUUCAUGGGAAUUGCUUACGUGGUUGUCGGCGGUGUUUGUGUAAUUCUUGGAGCUUUAUUCACCAUCGCUCAUUUGGUUCGGCCAAGAAAACUUGGUGACCAUACCUAUCUAUCUUGGGAUUCAACUAAUCAGCCAACCACCGCCAUGGCUACUGGGCGAGAUGAUCGAAUGCGACCAAGUUCCUAG